UGAAAGAAGAGAAAGAAGUUCCUGGAAACAGAAGAAUGAGGCGGGACGGCUCGGUUCAAUCUGAGAGAUUCCUCAGAGGCUCAGUGCACUCCCAUCACACACACACACACACACACACACACACACACACACACACACACACACACACACACACACUCUGGCGGUGUUAUCCAGAUUACAUUCACAGCUCGGCGGACUGAAGGAGCCAUUCAUCCUGAUAUGUCACUUUGGGAAAAGUGUUUGUGACAACAACAACAACAACAACAAACAGGUGUGAAGAGUGGAUUAUCGUAGCCUAUUCUGUGCUAAGGUUUUUGUUGUUGUUGUUUUUACAAACUGUACCCACUUGAAUCAUCUUCCUCAUCAGCCGAGAGCUCCUGAUGAAUCAUCUUCAGCCAUGAGUGGAAAAGGUUGUCAGCUCCUGGUGUCUCCUUGCAGCAUGUCCCCAUCACUGAGCAUGACCAGAGGACACCAGGCCCAAUCCAUCAGGAUACCUAUGUCUUCUCCACAAAGGGCCAAUCUUAGUCCCUCUUCAGGCAUGGAGAAAGUGAAAAGAGGAGCCAUCCAUACGUUUUCUUCUGGGAAACAUGGUGGAAGCCAUGUUCUCCUGCCAACACUGAGCCUCCGCAGACAGGUGUUGACAAGUGGGAAACUUUCAACCAUGCCGACCCCGUCUCCUCACCAGCAAGUGCCUAUUCAUCGUCCUUCAACCACAACGGUGACCUUACAGACAAGACUGUGCUCCUCUAACAACAGCUUCAAAGCAGGUUUCUCUGUGUCUGAACCUACCAUGGAAGUACUUGGUCAGCCAGCUGCUGCUAACCUGACCAGUAGUCCCUUGACUGUUGUCACAGGCCAACAGUAUACUGGAGGGCCUGCGCCAUCACAUCCACAUAGUGUGCAGAUUCCCCACACUGAUGCCAGGUCCUUAUUGUCCAGAGAAUCCUUGGCAUCCACCACGCUGAGUCUGUUUGAAACACAGUCAAUAUUUAGUGGCAGACAUGACUGGACAUAUGGCUACCGUGUGCUUCCUCCACUGGGUCUACCGCAGUGCUCCACCCAGGCCAGCGAAGGAGGUGUGCAGCUUAGCCUUUCCCCUGGCACAGCCAUGUCCGGCACGACCAUGUCAGGUGGCACCAGCACCUCUGCUUCCCUUCCCUCAUACCUAUUUGCAGGUGAUGCUGGAAGUCCCAGACAGUCUCGUGCGAAGAAGAGAGCUCUUUCCAUGUCGCCUUUGUCGGAUGUCAUGGGUAUUGAUUUCAACUCCAUCAUACGUACUUCACCUACCUCACUUGUGGCCUACAUAAAUGGUUCACGCAGCUCUCCAUCUUCACACCCGACACUCUCACCUGUCCAGUCUGAAGGUUACGGUCACUUUCUGGGUGUGAGAGGUCGCUGCAUCCCCCAGGUCCAUCCCUACAGUAUGCCAGGCUCUUCGCAGGGUCUGCCCCUGCAGACAGAGUGUGGCCGUCUGCAGAUGCUUGAAGAGGGAGGGGGUCUGGAGAGCCAGAUGGCUAACAUGGUGGUGGAGCAGCAGUGCCUCCCAGAGGAAGGAGGGGCACUGGGGAAGACUUCAGAAAGCUGUAGCCAAACCACCAACAACCUGCUGCCACAUCUACAGUUCCAGCCAGCCCUGUUGACUACUAUCCAAGAAGCUGUUACUCCACAAGGGCCUCCACCACCCUAUCACUCACACCAGCACAUCCACCUCACUAGACGUCACUGCAAAAUAAAGCCCUCUUCUCAGGACCCUCUUGCACAGGAUCCUAUGGUUCCUCCAAAGUAUGGGGUGAGCUUUUUACCCCAGGUCCCAAUGCUGGAGGAAGAAGAAGGAGAGCUUGAGGACUAUGGGGGCCAUUGCUGCAGGUGGUUGAACUGUAGUGCAGUCUAUGAGCAAAAGGAGGAGCUGGUAAAACACAUAGAGAAGCUUCAUGUAGACCAGAGGAAGGCUGAAGAUUUCACAUGCUACUGGGUGGGCUGUCCACGCAACUUCAAGCCCUUCAAUGCCCGAUACAAGCUGCUUAUCCACAUGAGGGUCCAUUCAGGAGAGAAACCCAAUAAGUGCACGUUCGAGGGCUGCAAGAAAGCUUUCUCUCGGCUGGAAAAUCUGAAGAUCCACCUGCGUAGCCACACCGGGGAAAAACCCUAUAUGUGUCAGCACCCAGGAUGUCACAAGGCCUUCAGCAAUUCAAGUGACAGAGCUAAACACCAGCGUACACACCUGGAAACAAAGCCGUACACAUGCCAGGUGCCUGGAUGUGCGAAACGUUAUACUGAUCCCAGCUCCUUGAGGAAACACGUGAAAUCUCACUCUACUAAAGAACGUCAGUUACGGAAGAAGAUGAAAUCCACUGCUGAUGUGACCCAGGACACGCUGACAGACUGUUUAACCAUCCAUCCUUUGCAACCAAACCUUUCUCCUCUGGCAAGGAUAGACAACAACAACUUGAACUCUUCCUCUGGUGCAUCACAUGAGUCAUACUCUGCUGCUUCGCAGGGACAAGACUCCUCCAGCAAUCCUCACCUGGCUCUGCUGCACUCCUUACAAGAUGAUUACAGGUUUGUUGAUCCUUCCCCUCACCAGCUCUUCCCCGGGGACCAGUGUGGGUCUUGCUCUUCCACCUGCCUCCAACAUCCUCCCAAUGGGACGUCUCUGCAGAACAACCUGAAGCACCCCAGUCAGCCUCCUGAUCUAGCAGAGCACAAUCCAGAGCUCUCAGGACAGAUGAAGAUGCUAUAUUGUCCUCCACAAUAUGGUGGGAUCACAGCACACACCAGCGCGAGUCACCUGAUGCAAGAUGAUGCCUUUGGUGACAGCCUCCCUCCAGCAGUCAGUAAUCCCAAUGGGGUGGCCCCCUUACAAACAGCUCUUCCCUGCAUUACAGCUGCAGGAUUUGACAGCCAAGCACAGGCUGCUGCUCCUAAUCAAGAAUUGCAUGGAGGGGAUUUCUUCAGUGUGGUGGACCACUGCGCCAGCCAGGUCUCCUGCAUCUACACAGAGGGAUGAUAUCAACCAAUUGCCAGUUUUGUU